UAUAAAUAGCUCUGGCUGACGCUAGAGGGCGGGGUCUGUAAUAGCGAGAGUUUAACGAUCUCUCACGUGACCCAGAGGUUCUAGCAUCACCUUCCGCUUCACACAUCGGUCAAGAAACGAAGAUGGCUGCUUUGGGAAAGCUCUCUCAAGCUCUGCUAAGGUCCUCUUUUGGCCAAACGAGGCGUCAGCUCUCGGCUGCAGCUUCCGCUGGACAUGCCGAAAACGCAUCCCGGACAUGGAAGAUCCUGAGCUUCGUGGUGGCCCUGCCAGGUGUUGCCGUGUGCAUGUUGAACAUGUAUCUGAAGAUGCAGGAGCAUCACCACGAGCAGCCUGAGUUCAUCCCUUACAGCCACCUGCGCAUCCGCACAAAGCGUUUUCCCUGGGGAGAUGGCAACCACUCCCUCUUCCACAACGACCACUUGAACGCCCUCCCUGGUGGCUAUGAGGGACACGACGAGUGACCACCUCCUCCCACACCCCCUCCAUCCUACUGGGACCAGCUUCCCUCAUUGUCUCCAAUGGACCGUCCUCCCAAUGCAGUCGACUUGAUCAUUCACAUCUUGUUUACUUCUGUGCUUCUACUCCUGUAAGGCACUCCAAACUGUUCCAAUGUCCUGUACCAGAAAUCAAAUUGUCUGCUCAAAUGUAUCUUAACGAAAAUAAACUAUUAAAUUCUCUG